GAAGUCCACUGUAACCAAGGCGGCAUCAUGGCAGAAUACACAGACCCACGUGAGUUUGGCGGCGAUGGAGCUGCCGACGAGAUGCCGGAGCUCUCUGACGGUGAUGAUGAAGACAUGGAUAAUGAUGAAGAGCCGUGGCAGUGGGAGGAGGAGGAGGACGGUCUACCGGUUAACGUCACGUGUCUGUUCUGUGACAGGUUGCUGAACUCUGUGCCUGCCACCCUGCAGCACUGCACGGAUGAGCACCAGGUCAACCUCGUGGACGUGAUAAGAAAACACAAUUUAGAUGACUACGGUUACAUAAAGAUGAUCAACUUCAUACGGUCAACAAAAUGCGAUGCAUCCGGUCUGACGGGGCUGCCAGACGCUCCUUUACCCUGGGAGAGCGAAGACUUCCUGAGACCAGUCCUGCAGGACGACCUUCUGCUGCAGACAGACCUUGAGGAGCUCUGUGAGGGCUCCAGCCUGUCGAUGUGCCCGUCGUCUGUGACCAAGUCCCAUGAUGCACUGCAGCAAAGGGCCCAGGCCGCUGAGGAGAGAGCCUGUACUGCAGAGGAGGCGCUGACCAGAGCCAUGGACGACCUUCACAAACUCAAGCUCCUGGCUCAGGGUUUGGUACUGAACUCGGGGACGAGCAAACCUGGCAACCUGGGCGCGGUGGCCGAGCUCCGAGAGGACGAGGACGAGGCCUACUUCAGCUCCUACGGCCAUUAUAGCAUCCACGAGGAGAUGCUGAAGGAUAAAGUGCGCACGGAGAGUUACCGCGACUUCAUGUACCGCAACCCCGAAGUGUUCAGAGACAAGGUGGUGCUCGAUGUGGGCUGUGGGACUGGCAUACUGUCCAUGUUCGCUGCCAGAGCUGGGGCCAAGCAGGUGAUAGCAGUCGACCAAUCGGCAAUCAUCUAUCAGGCCAUGGACAUAGUCAGGUUCAACCAGCUGGAGGACAAGAUCACUGUGAUCAAAGGCCGCAUAGAAGACAUCAAGCUCCCAGUGGAGAAGGUUGACAUCAUCAUCUCAGAAUGGAUGGGUUACUUCCUGCUGUUUGAGUCCAUGUUGGACUCUGUCCUGUACGCCAGAGACCUCUACCUGGCGGACAACGGCUCAGUCUAUCCAGACCUUUGUAACAUCAGCCUGGCUGCAGUUGGAGACGCACUUAAGCACCAAGACCACAUUGCAUUCUGGGAUGACGUGUAUGGCUUCAACAUGGCGUGCAUGAAGAGGGUUGUGUUGCCUGAGUCUAUGGUGGAGAUGGUGAAAGAAGACACGCUCAUCUCUGAACCUGCAGUCAUACAGACGUUUGACUGUAACAGAGUGUGUCUGUCUGAGCUGGAGUUUGAUUCAGAUUUCAGCCUGAAGAUAACAAACACCGCCGACUGCACAGCAAUUGUCGGCUACUUUGACAUUUUCUUUGACAAAGGCUGCGGCAACAAGGUGAUGUUCUCCACGGGUCCUCAGGUCACAAAGACGCACUGGAAACAGACAGUCUUCCUACUGGAGAGGCCUCUCUCUGUCCAAGCAGGGGAGGAGCUCCGGGGAAAGAUCACCGUGCGGAAAAACAAGAAGGACCCUCGCUCACUGUGGGUCACCUUUGACCUCGGAGACAGGAAGCAGACUUACUGCAUGCAGUAACGUCAGCCAUUGCGUGAUAGAACAUCCAGCAAACAUAUUCCACUUUUUAAUUGACCGGUCAUGUAUACACUUGAUUUUGAUGUUUGGAAUGUUCGGAUUGUUUCUGUGCCUUGUAAUAAUAAAGACAUAACGUUAAACAUAAAGAUUUUCUCCUUGUGAGUGUGUUUAAUUAAGCAAAAGUCAACAUGAUUAGACUUGAAUAGGAUCGUUUGUAGAUGUCU